AUGGAUUUUUGGACAAGCCUAAUUCUUCUCACUUGCAAUAAUGAUAGGUCCUACGAAAAGUCAUCUUACUUCACGAAAUUGAUCAAGGUACAUGAAUAUUGUCUCGAGUAUGAUGAUACAUCGAUAAGGGAGAUAGCUCUCUCUUCAUGGAAUGCCGUGACAUACAGCUUGUGCCAAGAAGCUUUUAAACCUAUCAAGGGUCCUAAAUCACCUACCAAAGAAAAGUACGAUCCUAUUGCAAAUAGUACAAAAAUGGCGAUCUUACUUAGACCACUAACAAACCUAAAUGUUGCGGAUGAUAAGAUAGCGUUCAAUGCUUUGCAUAAUAUCUAUAUGGGCAUCAUUUACACGUUGGGUAAUCCAAUUGAGCCUCUACCAAUACAUUUUGCUCAAGAGUUUUGGAAACAGAUUAUUCAUGAUGUCUGCAUACCACUUUAUUAUGGGAAGGAUAGUACACAAGGGAGACAACAAUACGGAAUAAAGUUGAUCAAGAGGCUUCUUAACCUGAAUGCAGCUGGCGUUCCCAAGUCUUUAGACGACAUGAGAUGUUUGUCGACAGAGCCCGUUUUUUUUACGGAAAUUCGUCCGUUGUGUAGGCAAACUAUCCACGGCAGUGCUGAUAUAAUUCUUCCUACCUUACGAGCCAUAUCCGAGACAGCUCCAAUGCAAGCAUUAGAAGCGCUUGGUACGGUUUUGGAUUCUAUCAAACCAAUAUUGAGAAAAGAAGUACGAAUCUCGAAUGCCACAAUGGGGUACUUGAGCUCGAUCCUAAACACCGCAUCCCACUUUGUGCACCAGGACCCACUGUAUUUCUUUACAACAAAGCUCAUUCGUGUUCUUAUACUGAACUUUGACAUUAAGUUACUCAAGUCUAUCAAAAAGGACGACGGCACUGUGAACGUAUUUCAUCAUAUUAUUAGCACAUGUGAAGGCUUAUUGCCUGAAGAAGAUGUUGUUGCAUUGGUCGAUUAUAUUACUCAGCUUGCAGGUGAAGAUGCCGUGGAAAUUAAUGAAGAACGGCCCGAUGAAAGUCUAGAAGUUUUAAACAAAAAGCUUUCGGAAAUAACACUCUUCAGCGAAAUGUUGAAGAAUCGUCAUGACGACUGCGACGAACUCGUUCAAAAGGUAAUUGCUAAUCUUACUACCAUUACAGAGGAAAGUCGCGAACAAGCACUAGAGGCAAGCAAUAUUGGCUCGUGGACUAUAGCGGCUUUCAAAGCAUAUUUAAAAGCUGUUCAGAAAAGUGAGCAUGAUCAUCUUCGAAAGUCAAUUCCCAAUUUAAUUUGCAACAAGUUAAGCGACAAUAAUACUUUCUUGGAGCUUACACAGUUCCUCGUUCAGGAAAAGUUCGUGAAGGAAGUAUUUGAGAUUAGAGAAGAAUUCUUGACAAAGUCUUCUUUUUUGAAAGGGUUUUUGCUCUUUGAUUUCAAACAGAAAGUGAAGGGUCUCCUCUCUCAUAUUUCCGAUUCGGAAGACAUUCAGAUGCUUGACGAAAUGCUUGUUACAUGUUACAACCACAAACAUGACAUUAAACCUUAUAUCAAAAAUCGGUGGACCAUGUUACCCAAACUCAAGGAAACGUGGUUGCAAGAUCACGACGAACUAUACCGUGAGACGCCUAGCUCCAGUAAUACCCCUGUCAAGGAAGAGUUGGCGAAAAGUAGUCCACUGUCUUCGAUCUCUGCACGGGGCUCUAAAAAGUCGAAGAGUCCAAUGGGACAAAUCAAGAUUACAAGGUCGCGAUACACUGAUAGCUAUGUUUCUGCUGCUACUUCUCCGCUUCCCCAAACUUCAGCAUCACCACUCCGCCAAGUUUCUGCACUUCCCCAAGCUUCAGCAUCGCUGCCUCCUCAAGCCACACUCAUUCCAUCACCCUGCUACACAACCAUCUCCGAGAUAUCACCAAUUCCAACACCCACAAGGACUCUCAAGAGAGAAAGCCCAGAGCAUGGUUCAGAAAAAAAUGAUAGAAAGCGGAUAAGAACUCCAGUUCCGGACCGGCUGCGAAAAAUGAGAGCUCAAGUCAACCAACCACUAUUCACCACAAAAAUUGGCCGAAUUGGAAACAAAGCUCCAUCGAGUUCUCCGGUAUGCCCCAUUGGUGAUCUUGAAGACACUAGUAGGUUCCAGCUUUGA